AUGCAAAACAACGCUAACGACAAACCAUCGCUCUCUGGGAGUAUAACUGGCAAUGCAGCUGUCUCAAACCUUUCUAGUGCCCUUCGCCAAGUGAAUUUGGGGAACAGCAACACCACGACGGAUCAGAGUAACAUAAAUUUCGACAUCCAGAGCCGAGUGAACCGGCAGCAACUCCUGAGUGAAAUUCAAAGAAACUCAUUAAACGCCCAGCAGGCAGAAGAGCUGCUCCGUGGGCGACUAAGGGAGCAGGAACAAGUUCAGCAGCAGCAGCAACUACAACAUGAAGCUCAACAACAACAACAACAGCAGCAACAGCAGCAACAACGGCAAUUGGAACAACAACAGCAACAGCAUCAGCAGUUCUUGGGGCCAGCACAAAUAGACAGCUCCAGAAUUACGAAAUUCUUCCUUAAUCAACCUGAAGAGGGGUACACCCUUUUCUCCCAUAGAUCAGCACCUAAUGGCUUCAAAGUUGCCAUAACGCUGAGCGAACUGAAUUUCUCCUACAACACUAUUUUCUUAGACUUCAACCUAGGGGAGCACAGAGCCCCUGAUUUCGUGGCUAUAAAUCCUAAUGCUCGGGUCCCUGCUCUUAUCGAUCAUGCUAUGGACAACUUGGCAAUCUGGGAGUCCGGGGCAAUCAUCCUUCAUCUUGUCAAUCGUUACUAUCGCGAAACGGGUGACCCACUACUGUGGUCCGACAACAUUGUCGAUCAAUCUCAGAUCACAUCCUGGCUGUUUUUCCAGACUUCUGGACAUGCUCCCAUGAUCGGACAAGCUCUGCAUUUUAGGUAUUUCCAUUCACAAAAGGUUCAAAGUGCCGUGGACCGCUACACUGAUGAGGUAAGGAGGGUCUAUGGUGUCGUUGAAAUGGCUUUGGCGGAGCGAAGAGAAGCUCUGAUCAUGGAAUUAGACACUGAAAAUGCUGCGGCGUACUCUGCAGGAACCACGCCGCUAUCGCGGAGCCGAUUCUUCGAUUAUCCAGUAUGGCUAGUGAGCGAGAAGAUUUCUGUCGCCGAUCUAUCAUUUGUCCCUUGGAAUAAUGUCGUUGAUCGUAUUGGUAUAAAUAUCAAGCUCGAGUUCCCCGAAGUGUACAAAUGGACUAAGCACAUGAUGAGAAGACCUGCUGUGAUUAAAGCACUUCGCGGAGAGUAA